CAACCAAGCGCUGGCGAUUACAAUGUAACUCUAGCAGAAGUCACAUAAGCCGAAUUUCUCUUUCGAUUGUGUCUUUUUUUGUCUUCGAAUCUUCGAAUAUCGGUGUGUAACGUUAAUUUGCUGUUGUUUAGAAGAUGCCGGAACCUGUCCGUUAUCGGUAAGUAGAUCUCUGUUCUUUUUAAAUAUUCUUCGAGCGGACGCGCAUUUUGUCCAGUUUAUUUGAACGGCAUAUGGUUACGAAAAUGUUUCGUUGUGUAGUCAUCUAUUUGUCGAUAAGAGUAAAGCCUCUUGCAUACCAAGAGAGUAUAUACAAAUUAAAUUUAUUGAACAGACUGAUAUUUACCAGUACAGGAAUUUGUAGUGCAAUCGAAAUGAAAAUCUCUUUGGAGAUCUAGAAGUUGUAUCACAAUAGUUACUUGAGUGAAAGUCAAAUACGAGACUAAUGCGAACAGUAGCCCCGCAAUAAUUUCUCUGUUAUAGCUCUGAAAAUUUCUAGUGGUUCAAUAAAUAGCUUGCGAGUAGUAAUGGUGGGCGAAUUAUGCGUAAGCGCUUUGUUCGAUUGCGGUUUGAUGAUCUUGGCGAAGAGAGAAUUCAACAAAUUGAAGUAUCGUAUUUGCUGCGGAAUGUUGUCAACCGUAGACGAGUUUUUCAUCUUUGUUUGGAAUGGGACAUUACAAGUCUUUCUUAGUAUUAAAGUAGAUUGAUCUGGUUUCAGCCUUUCUCCGCUCAAAUUCUUAAGAUCUGGUGAAGUUAUUAGCGACACAACCAAACAAAUGAUCGUCACUUUGUGACUGCGUGUCGAGCGUAAUCAUGAGACGAUAUUGCUUUCCGGUGUGUUACCUGGAGCGAAUCAAAUUUUCCGCUUUCUUGUUCUUUGCCACAGUUUAUUAGACAUUCAUUUGCUUGUCCCAUUAAAGGCAGGCAAUGGUCCGAAACUCAAAAAGUGUCACGCAAUGUAUAAGAUAGUUGUGUGACAUCACGGGUCUUGGCUUUGAUGUAUGCUAGCAUAAUUUUCGGGCGUAAUCCGUCAUAACGAGCACAAUUUUCAUUGCCAAAAGCACUGCUAGCAUAAUUUGCACUUUUGAUUGCUAUGAAGCUCAAAAUUGUCAUUUGUUGAUCAUGUAACCAAAUUUGUUUGGCCCGAGAUCAGUGUUAGAGGAAAGUUAAAGUAACAAAAUCAAUGUUUGUCUGCUUAUUGUCACGUUCAUGUGAUCUGGGUCCCACACGACUUUUCACACGGGACUUAAUGUAAGUGAAGAACUAGCUCAAUUUAAUUACCCAAAAGGCAUUUGUGUGCUGGUUAAUUGUUAAUUAUUUGAGUAUUUUUCAUUGGUUGUUUACAGUUUUGUUGUUUCAAUGGUAGACUAUGACUAGUCCCCAUUUUUCCUCAGGGAUAGUAGAGGGAGCGAAAUGUGAGCGCGCAUGAAAAUCACUCCAUGCACGGUGAGAAAGGCUUGAACCCAGGAGUCAUUUGAUAAGUAGGUUAGCAGAGUAUGAUCGUUCGGGCGAAUGUAAUUAACAGAGUUUAAUACUAUCAACUGAUGUGAUUUUUGCACUAACCCAGGGUUAACUUAACCCUGCUUUGAACAACCCAGCCUAGGUAAAAACGGCAGAAUUGGUAAUGUUUUGUGCUUGGCAUGUAAAAUGACGCACAAAUAAAUACUUUACUUCGUUUUAUCCUCAAGUGUUACUUUUACCGCUGAAAGAAGUUGGAAAAACAUUCAUGUACUCAAAAAAGGCUUGACCACCUGCUACUUAUGACGUCAUACCUCGUAACCAUAGUAACUGACCAUCACUAAACUUAGCUCAAAAUGCGCGUGAGGGAUAAACGAACCGCUACUGAAAACGUCAGUUGUUAUGUGUGCUAAAGCUAUGAUGCUAUACUUUCUGUGAGGAAAGUGACAAACUACCCUUAGGCUAUUGUUGGUAAGAGAGGGGGAGCAAAUUUUCCAGGAUUACUUGACUCUUGAAUACAGGGGCAGAUGAACAGUAACUGUAACCAAUUUUUUGACCUUUGGAGAGUGAUUUAUACACUGCUCAGCACAGUGUGCAGAAACCAUUUUUUUUAAAACAACCAUCGCCAGGUAGCCUGUUCCAGGCAUUCAGAUAGUGGAGACAGUACGAAGAAAAGUGUGUCAGUAGGAAAAAAAAACAGCGGGGGGGGGGGGUUGGUGGCAGGGAGCAGGGAGUAGGGUCCCUUCUCUCUCCCUCUUUCUUUCUCUCCAUUUCGCGCCACUCCCCGCUUAAAUCUGAACCCCUGAAACCCCUGCAUAAAUGAAGGAAGUUCCAUACCACAGGCUACCAAGAGUAGCCAUACUGCUAGAGUAUUGUGUAGUUUCAAGAAAGCAUCUAGAUGGGACAGCUAGGCGUCCCUGAUAAUUAAAGGAUUACCUCCUGGAAAUUAGUGCAUUUUCUUCUUAUCGACGUGGAUGGAGAGUAAGUGUAAAACAAAGUUUUUUUAUUUGACAAUUCAUCAACCUCGUUCGUAAGGAACCAAAAUUAACGCGUGGCCAAGGCCCCGAUCCAGACCCAUUGAAAUGUAACAUACUAACCGCGACACUAGAUUAAUCAGAUUUUGUCAGAGCUAAAGGUCCAAAUAGCUGUUUACUCUAUUUUUAAUAAGGAGCAACUCAAACGUUAAGUGGGAAUUUUUCAUGAAUAUAUAAAAACCAAUAUAUGAUUUCACAAACUGAAAUUUGCGUGAUCGCAACACUUCGAAUUUUUUACUCCAUACGUAAGUAGUGUAUCCUAGUUAAAAAAGAAAAAAAAGAAAUAGAGAUUGAUAGAGAAAAGAAAUUUCGUCUUCAUGUGUUUACGUCUACCAUACGACUGAGAGCUUUAAGGUGAUUUUACACGGGACAAUUCGCAACGACGAUUUUCAGCGCAACGAAGCGUUGCAAUGUUGGAACAAUGCUGAAACCAUUCGAAACAAUAUUGCAACAAUGUUGCAACCCUGUAUUUCGCUAAACAUCGUCGUUGCGAGUUGUCCCGUGUAACAUCAAUAUUUAACAACGACAACGGCAACGGCAGCGAAAACGUCACUGUUAAAGUGAAUUCGUGUUUUUUCAAAUUUUGUCGCGUUUAUUUCAGUUUUCCUGAAAAUUUCAAAUGUAGGCCAGUUUUCCUGGACUUGAAUUUUUGGAGACCAUACUCAAGUUUAAAAAGGGAUAGAAAAAUUCGUCGUGGCUUGUGUGCGUCCUCCAUGAAGGUGAUGUUACACGAGACGAUUCGCAACAACGAUUUUAAGUGCAACGCAGCGUAGGAACAUUGUUACGACAUUGUAACGCCGUGUUGCGCUAAAAAUCGUCGUUGCGAAUCGUACCGUGUAAGAUCACCUUAAGACGUGAAAUUAGGCAUUUUCAAGUUGUAGUCGUGUAGUGACGCCAAAGAAAUGUACAAAAAGGUGUGAUGCACGGAGUUGUUGUUUUGCUUAUAAAACCCUUGUUUCCUAUACUUUGACGUUGGUCUUGUUGCCGCUGUCCUUGUGUUUGUUUAAGUUCGCUCGCUAUUAACCAUAUGCACGAGAGAACGACUUGUUUGGAGAACAUCUUUGUUUGACACAAAACUAAUUUUGUCAGUUACAAAUAGUUUCUUCGAUAACGUUUUAAUGUUAAAUCACUAUAGAGAAAGGGACGCGUGUAUGCGACGCUUGAACCGGUCUUACACAAGCUUGCUUGCAUUUACAAACUUAACCCUCGGACGUACGGGGGGUGGGGAAGGUGGAUGCCAACCCCCCCCCGCCCUGUAAGGUUCCUAGAGAAUAAAACAUCAGCCUGAUGUUUUCAGUAGCUGUUUGUUCAUCCCACGCGCACAUUUUGAGAGAGGUUUAGUGAAGGACAGUUGCUAUGGUUACGAGAUAUGAGGUCAUAAGUAGCAGGUGCACAAGCCAAUUUUGUGUGAAAAUACAUGUUUUUUCAACUUCUUUCAACAAUAAAAGUAAAUCUUGUGGCUAAAAUCAUGCAAAAUGCUUAUUUAUGUGUUAUUUUUCAUGUAAAGCGAAAAAAAUUACCAUUUCUCGCAGUUUUAACCUGAUGUCUAAUUCUUGGUAAAAUCUAAGAUGGCGGCCAAGGGAUGGCGACCAUUGUUGGUGACGUUUGAGGCCUCCAGCGGCGCCCCCACCCAUAAAAUAUACCUCAUCUUGCUAAGAAGAUCAAAGGCUUACCACUAAAGGUAAAAUCGAAAAGCAAUAUAUCAAAAACUCCGGGGAGGGGCUCCAUCCAUCCCCCCCACCCCCUUGUACCACGGUGGGGGUAUGAAAUUGCGUGUACGUCCGAGGGUUAAACAGACUUGUGUUUACUGGUAAUUAUAUGGCAAUGUUAGCUUUUUUAUGUCCUGUUUCCUAACUAUUCAGAAUGAAGCAGGAUCGACUGCGACGAGAGAUGCAAGAGAAGUAUGAGCGGUCACUGUUUACGCCAAAAGGAUUGAAAACAUUUAGACUACAGCCUUCAAUUGACAAUACCUCACUUUUGAAGGUCAGUUGUUGUUUGAUUGUGUUGUAUUUGCAAAGUAGAAAUUUAACGUGAAUUCAUUUGUAGCAUCAAUUCAUGCGACGGCUUCAUGCGUGUCCAGUCUAGUCCAGUCCAGUCCAGUUCCCAUAUAUCCUUCCAAAUCAACAAUCAUGUUAAUCAAUGCAGCUAAACCAGCUGUAACUUGCGUGCUCCUCUUCUGUUGUUGGAUGUGGACGUUCAAUAAUUUUAAGGUAUUUAUCCAGGACUCCGAUUGGUAUGGCCGCUUCGACUUCCCGAAUUUUCAACAUCCUCUCUGUCAACUUAGCGUGUUUUGACAAAAGUUUUUAGUGUGCUGCAAAGGAAUUCUGGAUUCUAUGUACUGAAUUCCGGAUUCCACUUUGUCAGUGGAACUUGGAAUUCCUUAAGCUGAAUUCCGUAUUCCAAAGCCCAGGAUACCGAAUUCCACAGGGUAAACGUUCCCGGAUUCUGGGAUCCGGAUUACACGGUACCUUAAUUACAUGAGGCGAUCUCGUAAGCGACCAUCUUCCAUAAUCGAAGACCUAUCCAAAUCAUCAAAUCUCUGUAAUCAAAGCCCUGUUGAUGGAAUCUCCUGUGAACGACGCUUCUCGUAAGCGAAAGCAACCACUUCAUUGGGGUGAUAGUUUUAUAAUUUGUCAUUGUUUUUAACCUCUGGUAAGCGACCACUUGACACAUACGUAUUACGUACGUAUUUUGAACGAGCUUUUUAGCUCAUGCCUAGACGUUACGUGGAUAAAUAAACGAUUGAUUGACACAUGGUCUGAUCCUUAUGUUCUUUGUAUGUCCUGCACUAUUUGGGGUUUGGCGCAACCGGGAUUGUUAUGUGCAGGGUACUUUCCUGGCGGCCGCUGCAACUGAUUUUCGCGAUGCAUGCAAGCACUCCCGUAUCAUAUAAAAGUGCAAUUGCAUUCUUCUAGACGUAGAUGUGUCCGGACCGCUUCUCGGAAAAGACCCCUUUGUGGUUCAAUUCACAUAUGAAAUUCACUGUUUUUGUAAUACGCACCCACAACGCAUGCUCAAGACUUGAAAUAUUUGCCUCGUUCCAAGAGGCCGCGAUCGUUUUGGUCAGCGACGGAAAAAUGUUUGCGAAAUCUAGGUGGUAUCCGAGCCCAGGUUCCUUUCCGUCGCAUUUACCUGGAGGUCAGUGAACUACUAUAAUUUACUAGAUUGUCUACAUACAUUGAGCCGUUUUGAACCAGCUGCUAAGAAAACAAAAAUGAUAUUCUUAGCCUUAAGUGAAAAAUCGGAAAAAGGAAUUAAGUUAAACAAAUAGUAAAGUAAAAACCUCUUUUUGCCGAAGUGUCAACAAUUGGUUUCCAGGCGACUCUAUUGAAAAUCUGUUGGAGGUUUUGUGAUGGAAAUUUUUUUCGUUUAAUGCAUUUCUUUUCAAAAGGUAAAAGCGUUUUGUGGAAAGCUGGUGAAGCAUGCAAUUUGAGUUUAAAGUGGGUGCUUUUUAAUUAACAUGCUCCUGGGAAUCCAUUACUAGAAAGAAAAAUUUAUUCAAAAUCGCCUUUUGCCAGUCUUGGAAACCAACACUCCCUACCACAAACAGCAGAAAAAGCUCUUUAUGUUCAGCAGAAAAUGCGUGAAAAUCUGGCGCCUGUGAGGUGUGCGAUACAGGAAAAGAAUGCCAAUUUAGACGUCGAAAUCAUCCGAAGGGAUCGAGCUAUUUUAUAUCGCGUUCGGCCAAGAAAAGUUCUCACAGUUCGCGAAGAGGCCUCGAAAUGGAAACGGCCAGCUCCUGUUACCCAAGUUGAGGAAUUGAUCAACAUCGCUCUGGAGAAGAAUGCACGUCAAUCUUCUACAAAGGUUGUUUGUUUAUGUUUUUCGUUUGUUGUUUGUGUUGUUGUAAUAGAGACAUCUGGUUUUGUAAAUUCUUUUUCGCUUCAUCGCGUGUACAAAGCUAUCCCACGCGCAAAAAUCAACAAUUCGUUAACUAACGGAGUCUCAGUUUUUCCUAAAUUUUCUGAAGCCUUGAUUAUGAUUAGUGCUUGAUUUUGACUCUUGCCUGCCUCUAAGAGGUUAUAAGAUAAUACUUAUAGUCGCCGUGGACGCGUUUUGCGAACUAUUGUUGUAACCUGACUGGUUUAGUUCACCUGAAUCAUGCUCAAUCAACUCCCAUUGACGGUCUAUGAGUUUGGCUUGUUGUACAUGACAUUCUGACUUCCUUUUUACAUCCUUCCCGCAAAUGAACUCCUACAUAUUAUAACUAUGCAGGAAAAGUUGUGUAGUAAUUCUUGUGGUAUUUUUAUUAUGCAAUACUUAGCGGGAUACACGUUUCAGUUAUUAUACACAAAAUUCUUUUACAUAUUGUUAUAAUCAGUUUUAGAAAAGAAAUUCCGGGUAUUUGUUAUGUGCAAUUUUUUGUCACAAAUCAGUGUUAGAGGAAGGUUUCCAAUAUAUCUGAAUGUUUGUUGGUUUUGUAAUCUGAAAGUAUACAUUACAAAAGCGAUUUCACAAGAUGUUAAUUUUUUGUUGAUUUAUGAAAAAAAAAUUAUGCAUAGUACGUCAUCCGCACGCAACGCAUGAACUCUAAAGAAAUAUAUAUUUUAAACUUUAAGACCCGCCUUUUUCUCAUCAUUGUUAACUCUAAAUUUGGAUCUAAAGUUUGAAAAUGAAGGUGGUUGUGAGUUAUUAACAGCAACUACAAUCUAAAACUUGAACUAAGAUCAUAAAUUGUGCUCUUGCACAUAAAAAGAUAGCUUGCGAACACAGGCGUAUUUUCGGUCGUCGUCUCCCUCUCUACCCGAAAAAUAACGUCUGCAAACCCGAGCGGCCAAAUGAUUCCCCCGACGGAAAACCUUUUGUCUUGAUGUUGGCCAGUCAGAUCAAAGGCCAGAAUACCGCUCGAGUGAAGCCUCGCGACCUUGCGCGCUGGCGUGUCUAGGAUUAAGGUGAGUGCUUCUAAAUAUGGGUGGAGAGAAGCGACGACCGGAAAUACGUCUGUGUUUGCAGGUUAAUAAAAAGAAGGCUGCCUUAUAAAAUAGUUUGUGUACGCUUUAUAAAUCCAGAUUGCUAGUCCAACGCCCUCCUACUACGCCAGACACUACCUUGGGGGAGCGAAUAUUAAAACUAACCUACAUAAGGGAGUGUAAGAUGCUACAAGGGCGGGCCUUUAAAACGAAGAUGAGCACUUCAUUUGGGUGUCGUCAAUGUAUCAAGCAUGAAUGUCCUUAAUGAUAACACUCCUUUACUUCUACAAGAGACAGGACCUCCAUUUCUGCGUUCUCAUCUAGGCCACGCGAGGGUCUAGUCGUUUGCAGAGCAAAUGCAGUGGCUUCAUUUCGCAAUAAUUUUAAGACCCAGAGGACUGGUGCGACCCCGGAAAUCAAGCUGCCGACUUUCCGCUCUUCAUUUAAGCGGUCUAGCGACUGAGCUAGUCCUGCUGCAGUAAUUUAAGUACCCUCUCUUUUUUUUUCAGUACCAAUCCAGACCCUCCAGUACGGGCUCGUCUUCUGGUAAGUCCCCGAGGCACACUGCUACGCCACGCGCGCCUGUCCCUCCUUCUCAGAGGCCCAACACAGCUGGGAAACCCAACGGAACAGGUGCCCAAGGGAGCAGGUCCAUCGGGACGCAAACAAGGUCAGUUGAAAUGUUACGUCCAUAGGUUGAUAAUAGGAAGCUUAGGCAACUAGAAGGGCAAAAAAAACAAUAGGUUGGCACAACUUUGCAUGUGCAUCACACUUUUUUUUACAUUUCUUUCAGGCCCUCACUGCACGACUACGUCGUGAAACUUCCUCAUUUCACGUUUCAUGGAGGACGGAAACACAUGGCAACGAUUUUUUCUAUCUAUUUGCAAACUUAGAUACAGUCCUUCAGAAUUCAACCACUGGAAAAUCGCCAAUAUUUGACAAAUUUGAUUAGUUUCAAUAAGAGCGAUGAAGUUUGAUUCAGCGCGAAUUCACUUUUUGGGUGACGUUUUCCCUCCCGUUUCCGUUGUCGUUACUCAAGCUUCUUAAUAUGUUGUUAGGUACCCUGGGUAGUUCUUCUUUUCUUCUCUUAUCCAUGGAUACAGUUAAUACAAACCCGGGGGAGGGGUUGCCCGCCCCAUACUGUAAAACUCUUUACUGGAUCAGUCAAGACAAUCAAAAUGAAAAUCAAUUUUUAAUCUCUUUUAAAACCCCACCUUUUUAAGCAAGCUUUUUAAUGCAUGAAUUCUAUAUAUGAAUUUUAUCUAUAUUGUUUUAAAAACUUUUUUUCUGAUUUUUAUCUUUGUUUAUCGUAUUAUAAUGUUUAUCUUCUAGGUUUUUAAAUCGAUUUUUGUAAAGUGCCAUUGGACUUAUGGACUUUGGCUCUAUAUAAAUAAUCAGAUAUUAUAUUGUUGUAUUCUAUCAUAUUACUACCAUAAAUUUUUGAUAGGAGUAAAACCCUUAUGAUCUUAAACCCUGAUCCUUUUAAUUUAAGGAUAAGACAAAUAAAAAUUUACACCCUUUUUAAAGCCCAAACCUGAAAACUGAAUGACACCCUCUACAACGGAAAGACAAAAACUAAGAGAUUAAUAGCAACAAACAAACCGCCAUUAAAUCGCUUGUCAUGUGCAAUUUUUUCAUGUGAUAGCUCAGUUUUAACAGAUGGUUUGUUUCUCAUCUUGCUGGGCGUUUAUGCAAUUGAAUUUUAGCUGAUACAAUGUAGGUGCCCUAUCUAAGAAUCACACUCGGAACACAGUGCCAGCAAGGGCAAAAAUGAUACCCUCUAUUGUGGUUUGAGAUUCUCAAAAUCUGUACCCUAUCUGGCCCCCUCAUGCCUACCCAGCCCAUAUGUGGGAAUAUCCAUCCCGGCGUUCUAACCCUGAGUUAGCUGUAAACAGAGCAUAUAGGUUGCCAUGGCUACUAACCCUGGAGUCAGGCUAAUCGUCGUCGUUGGAACGUCUUGGGCCAGGACUCAUUUGUUCCAAGGCCAUGUUUACAUUAUAACGGAUAGCUCUUGCGCUGUCACGAGAACCAUACUGUUUAGCGCUUCUGUUCACAUAUAAGAGCGGUGAUUUCCGCGCGGUUUCCAUAAAGGAGUAAAGCUGCGCCUCUCCGAUCUUGAAAUAUAGUCACAUAUUGGAUACUCGCAGUUUGAUCGGGUGUUUUUUACUAUCCGGCGGAUAGCUUUUCUUGUCCGCAUAAAAACCUGUCGAGUAUAGCGUAGAGGCACAGCCUAAAAGAGCGUGUUCUCUCACGUGACCAGCAGAUAUGCAGAUUUCUAGUAACGUAAGAAAGCAACUGACAUAACGAAAAAGUUCAACUGCUGCAGGAUUAGUUUUGACUACGAGUAGUGCCCAUUUUUCCUCAGGGAUAGUAGAGCGAGCGAAACGCGAGCGCGCCUGAAAAUCACUCCACGCGAGAAAAGACGAUACGGUACUUAUAUCGCGGGCAUGACAUCAUGUGUGUAAUAGGACUUUUUCGAGCCGUUCUGAGGGCCUGUUUACAUGGAGGUGGGGGACCCCAGGUAGGUGAGGUAACAUGUGGCGAGUCACCCCACCUAUCUCUUGCAAACGUGAUCAAAUUAAAAUUAGAGAUUAUUAUGAACAGGCGGGUCCCCCACCCCCAUGAAAACAGGCUCUAAGCCCCUUUUCCAAAACGAGGAUAAAUACCAAGUCUUUGAUACGAAAAUAAUUUCCUAAUUCAAACUCAUUCGAAUUCGAACAAAAUUCAUUUUCAUAUGAAAAGUUUGGGUUUGGGUCUCGGAAAUGGACUAUCCUCUCCUAGCUACUAGAAAGUAUUGAGCGCUUUUUGUGUACCAUUUACUCGGGGGGCGGGGGGUGUUUUAGUGUGCGGGUCAUUUUUGAAAAAUAGAACUCUCGAAUGUGAAAAAUUCUUUUGAGAUUACUGGCGUGCGCUCUGUGAUCAAUUUUUCCCUAUUCGCCUUUAGAAUUUGAAAAUGACCAGUUUCCUGCGCAGUCGCUAGCAACCUCUCCGAGCUCGGAAUCUGUUUAACAUUUUUUCCGCCUUCCCUUUCAGCCUUGAAAGAGCAGCCAGCGCAGGCGCAGUAAGAGAAAAGCCACCUGCUCCAGAUCACAGGCCAGGUAAGUUGAUCUUACGUCACUAUGCUAGACAGACGUUUAACGGCCUUCACGAUAUCGGGUUGCUAAGGAGCUGGACGCUGUUUUUCUUUUUGUUAUGCAUUUUUCUGAUGAAAGCUGAACUUAAACUAACUUUUACCCGAUCAUGAGAAUUUCACCAACGGGCUGUCCAAAUGUACUUGGGGCCUGGGAACCAUUGCCUAGGUACCCGUACAAAAUGGUGAUGUGUUCACAGCUUGAGUACCCGAUAUGUAACUGUGUACAUAGUUGCUCCAUUACGCCCUCUCAGGCGCCACUUCGAAAAAUGAGCUCAAUAGCGGGUGCAGAGAAUUGGACUGCCCCAGAACUAAAGGUGUGAAAAGACGGUGUGCAGAUAGGGACCCGGCCCACUUUUGUGCACCGUGAGUUCAAGGUCUCAAUCUUGUACUCCGGCACCGCCACCGUGCCUGAAUAGGCCAUUUCCGAUUUGUCCCAAGUCUCUGCUUCAAAGCGAAACUAGAGUACAUAUUUAGAGGAUAUCAAUUCCCAGUUACGCGAUGGAAAGAGAAAUCAAGGACGGCCUAGGCUAAGAUUCAAGGACAUCGUGAAAAGAAACCUGAAGCGAAAGAAUAUUUUAGUAGAUAGUUGGAGACAGCGAGCAAUGGACAGAACUACCUGAAGGAACGUGAUGAGAGCUUGAACUCUUCAUGAAACAGUCAUUGUUGCUUCGACAGACUGCUUAACUUAACAAAAACGUGGAACAAGCACGCGGGAAGGGAAACAAAAUUGAUAACCAAACCUAACUUGAACCCUUUCCUCGGCUUAUCAGUAACUUCAUUACCCAUUUGCUGAUUUAUUUCCAUUUUUUUGUCUUUUUCCUGUUCCCCGGUUGAUUCCCUGCUCUUCGUUCCCCUUUUUGGUAAGAAUUUAAUUCAGAGGUUGUGUUUUUUCAAAUGAACUCCGUAAAACAUUCAAAAGCGAGUCUGUUUAAAUUGAGAGGAGGAUGUGGUGUGGCCUUAUCAUAGCGCGACUGUUUAACAGACAUUAAAGAGGUGGGCGACAGCACAAAGUAAUUUUUUUCCUCAUUUACAGGGUCGUCUCUUAGCAGCCACAGUGUAGCGUACACCUCACGAAGCGUGUCCUGCCAGCCCGUGCGUAUGUUCCAAAACGAAGAUGUACGAACUGCAGCGAAGUUGAACCGACCUCCGAGCAAAGUCUAUCUAUGUCAAGAAGAGCGCGAUCGAGCGCGCUCGGCGGGACGACGACCGAAAUCUCCAACCAGAUUUGAUGGAACGCCAGUGGAGUUACCCGGGUUUAUGAAAUCAAACUACUUUCUUCAUCACGAGGACUUGGACAUGGGACAGAAGCAGUACAUUUGGGGGGUAGCGCGCAUCUACUCGGUGACUCAACUUAUGAGUCUCAAACAGAGGCAGUACCAGAGUUUGUUAGAUUAUGAGUUCGCCAGGAGAAUUCAGAAUAAAGAGCUCAAGGAACAUGAACGAGUUAAAGAAUGGAAAGAGUAUCAACGAUACUGCAAAUUCAUUAAAAGAUACGAUCAGGUAAAGAAAAGUCUUUGUUACAAUUUAUGAACUUGUUUAGGUGAUGUGAACGACCUUAGCGGUUGUGAAGAACCACAAACAAUUCAGGUUGCCUUCAAGCCGCGGCCUAUGUCAUGCCUUCAUAAGUUAAUCAAGAAACUUAUUGUUCAUAGUCAGAGUAAAGACGUUGUCAUCAAAUGCUUUCCUGGCUUUUACUUACAGAUACUUUUAUCUCUUUGUGCUCAGCACUAAGGGAUCCUUGCAUUAUGUAGGUCAAAACACUGGCUUUCCGUCUAAAGCUGUCUGAGAACAUACUCUGCAAAUUACACCCCUAUACGAGUUGGGGAGCAUACCCGCUUCGCACAACCCCGUUACCCUCAGAAAUCAUCAGCCUCGUCCCCAGGCUAAUUUGAACUAUCGGAGUGAGCGGAGAAGGCUUGGGAACAAGCGUGGGUGACCUCACAUGUUAACUCGCCAGGGAUGACUGGAAACAGGCAACGAAGCUGAGAAAUGAUAUAUUUUUAUUUAUAUUUUGUCGUCGCGCUGGAUUAGCUCAGUCGGUAGAGCGCUUAACUGCAGAGUAGGAGGUCGCGGGUUCGAUUCUCUGGGCCGGACCAAUACUCAGGGCCUUAAAACAACUGAAAAAUGAAGGUACUGCCUUUGCCCGGCAAAUGGCGAAACCUUCGCGUGGCUCGGAUUAACAAGUAAAAUGGCGGUCUGGUCUCCUGUAGGAGACGUAAAAAUAGUAUGGCCAAUUGGUGCUUUCGUACAAGAUACAUUCAAACUGAAAUAAAGUGCUUUUUUGACAGAGGAUUCCUCGGAGCAGAUUGAGCAAUACGCGAUCGCCUUGCGAGGAAGCGUCGCAUGUUCACAAACACAUGAUCAAAGGGUGGACCACAGACCCGAACGCCAAUGAAGCUUACAGGCCGUCCAGCCACAAACAGCGCCAGUCAUCCCCCGAGUACCACCCCGAGGAUACACAAGAUACUACGGAACAGCCCUCUGACAGUGAGACUGAGGAAUACAGGCUUAGGGUUAUUGUUUUGCCGGGCCAAAGAGAAAAGAGUGGGACCGAAGAUGAAACCUUGAAAGGUUAGCUAUGGUGUUUUUUUACGGUAGUUACCAAGACGCUUGUCUAAUCGGGUGCAUCAUUCGUUUGGGUCAACGCCUAUUCGCCACUUUAGAAAGGAGAUGGCUAUUGAGCCGAGUUAGCAUUCGCAAGGACUUCUGGGUUGUUACUGGGGACGCGCCGGUCGCUAUUAGCUAUAUAUUAGGGAGCUUUAGCAUCGACGACGGCAACGGCAGCGAAAACGUCAGUUUUAAAAUGAAUUCCCGUUUUUUCAAUCUUUGUCGCGUUUAUUCCAGUUUGGUGAAAAUGGCAAAUGUAGACGAAUUUCCCUGGAGUUGAUUUCUUGAGGACCGCACUCAAGUUUAGAGAGAGAAAAAGAGAUUUGUCGUCGCUUGUUUACGUCCUCCAUAAAACUUGCAAUUACGCAUUUUCACGUCGUAGUCGUGCAAGGACGGUAAAGAAAUGUACAAAUAAGCGUGAUGCACGUGCAAUGUUGUUGUUUGCGUAGUAAAGCUAUUGCUUUUAUGACGUCCUGGUUGCCGUCGCCGUCGUUGUUGUUAAAGCUCCCUAUUUUUGCCUGUCCCCAGUAACAGCCCAGCCAAUUUCGGAUGGGUGAAUGCCGGGAAGGUUCUCCAACAGACUAAUAAAUUUGAAAAUUGAUCCCCUCUUUGAGGCCCAGUCACGAGUGAAAUCUGAACAAAGCGUUGCUGUCCCUGUUGGUGCUCUCAAACACCCAAAUAAUCAGUAGCAAAUUAUUCCAUCGUGUAUGUGGUAUCGUGCACAUUUCCCCUCAAAAGUAGGUUAGUAUAUAAGAAAGGUGUCGCUUGAGUCUCAUAGUUCCCGUUUUAAUUUUAGAAUCAGCAGGAAAUGAACCAAAACCUAUGACAGAUGAGGAAGACAAAUCAGUUCAUAAAGAAAUAAGCCACAACAAUGUAGAGGAGAACGAUGUUGCUACUGAUUCUUACGUCGAGAAAGGUAUAAGGACGCUGCUGAUAUAGAUAUUGCCCGCGACAAGUUCUCCAUUUGUCGGAUAUCGUGAAAAGUUACGCAUGAUGCGGCACGCGAGAGAAGACUCGAGAGUGGCGCGUUCUCGCGCGGCUUAUUUUGCUCGUAGGCUAAUAGGGAGCUUAAGCAACGACGUCGGCGACGGCAACGAGAACGGUAAAAAAGCAAUAGGUUUAGUUUGGCAAAACAACAAUUUGCACGUGCAUCCCGCUUUUUUGUACAUUUCUUAGCCCUGGAGGGUAAACACGCUUAGAAUUGACUGAGUCAUAAUGUUUUGAAGACUACUUUAUGUAUUGUUUCUCGUGAAUGGCUCGCAUACAAAAAGAGCUCCGGACUUAAACUACCAUUUAUUUAUCCUUGCAGAUAGUCGGGAGGCUGAAAACCCCUCUGAUGACAGAGAGAACCACCUUUAACAAGAAAAUAUAUCAUUAGUGGGAAAUUGUUUUGAAAACGAAUGCAAGUGUGUGACUGGGACCUUAAUUGUGCACGGUUUUCAAGACUGAAAGACGCUGUACAGAUAAGAAUCUCGGGCAGGAAUUCCUUCAGUUGCGUGUAUUUUAGGUCAAGAUCAACGUUUUAUAAGAAGUAGUUUUUACUUGCUAGUGAAAGAGGUUUAGAUAUUCCCUAUUAAGGUUAUCUUUGUUAGAUUAAUAGGUUGAUUAACCGUUUGUUCAUUAUUUGAAAUAGCUUCCUCCGCAGUUCAAAAUAUGAGUCAUUUCUUAUAUUUCCAUUCAUGUCAUUUAUUUGUUAAUUUAUGCUCAGAGUGUGUUGAAAACGAGUGAACGGUCGAGAUCUCAUCGUAGUUUGAUAUUUCGUCAAGAAAAUGUGACAUUUUGCGUCUUGAAAAGUAACCAGGGUGAAUGUCCUAAAAAUAAAUCUCUAUAGGCGGUGUUUUGUAGCUUAUAAUCAAUAUACUAAGGAAAAGCCUGCAUGGCAUUUCUGACUGGUCGAUGAGGAAGGCAAUUAGGCCUAUUGAGUCCAUAUAGAGUUAUAGAAUGGAGUACCGAAGUUGCUAUGGAAACAAGGG